AUGGAAACCGAAGACGCGUUGAUAGGGCUGCAAGACGCUUCAGACGAGUCUCCACCAAGCAUGCCCUCAGCGUCGAAAGCAUCCACCCAUAGCCCGAAGCUGAAGAGCCGAGCUUGUGAUACUUGCCACAGAAGAAAAGUCAAAUGUGACAACGCUAAGCCGUCCUGCUCGGAGUGUGUCAAGUUUGAUUCUCAGUGCACAUACAUUGUGGCAGCAACGCCAAAGAAGAUUAAACGCCGAAGGCCGAAGAAGAGCGAAGCUCUUGAAAAGAGGGUCACUGAGCUAGAGAGCAUCCUGCGUCAGGCGGUCAACAGCCUUGAAGUCACGACCUAUAAUCAGAAUCAUAUAACCGGCAGAACCUCCAUACGGGAGCUUUCAGCACUACAAAGUCCGACAAAUCCCUCGUCACCUCUAAACUCUAACCCCGCAACCACUGAGAGUGACUCCAACGCUAAAUAUGUCGAGACUCCAUUGUUCAAUAGGGCGCUUGUGGCAUGGAUUCCAGGGUACUUCAGAUCUGUAUCCCGACCUCACGGCCGUAUCGAGCAUACAAAAUCGAAGGGACGAUCAGAGUUCAUUGCUCAUAUCCGACUCUAUUUCAAUACCUACAAUCGAAUCAUCACGCUGUUCGACCAAGAUGACUUUAUGAAUCGGUUUGCCGAACUUGAUAUGGAUCAGAUCCGGGCUGAUGCAGCACUUUGGACUGCCACAAACGUCAUGUGUGCCAUUGCUCUCCGCCAACAAUCUCUGUCGUAUUUUGCCGACUCCCCCAAUAAUCCGGACCACGAGGCGUGGCAAUAUUUGGACACGGCGUUAGAUAAAGCGGUGGAACUUACAAUUCGAGGCAGCAAUGACCUCCUCGCCAUUCAAGCACUGGUAGGAAUGGCCAUUUUUCUACAAACCGCUCCAGACGCGCACGCGGCGUCGACACUUCUUGCGGCCGCGAUCCGUUUAGUCCUUCAGAAUGGCCUUCAUCUUCAGAAGGAUGAGCAACCAUCAGGACAAUCUAGAUCUGAAAAUUUCCGUCUCAGGGUUCAACGAAAUCGCGUCUUCUGGAUAGCUUUUAAUCUAGACCAUAAUCUUGCCGCUCGACUGGAAAGGCCACCACUAAUACAUGAAGAUGACAUUGGCGUUGACCUGCCUCCGUUGUACCCUGACGAUGGACUAGGCUAUCUAUCAUCUGUUGACAAUUCUACAAGGUUCAACUUCAUGCGUGCUCGUUCUCACCUGGCCCUCAUAGAGAACCGUAUACACCGACGACUCAUGUCUGCAAGGGGGAAACGCCAAACAGCUCUGGAGCGUGAAAUAGCAAUCAAAGAGCUGGAGGCGGAGCUCAAUAAUUGGAAGGACACAUAUCCGGAUCUAAAUGCUACGCUCGAUUAUCUUGCUGCAAAUAGAGAGCUGUGGGUGAACUUUGAGGGAGCGGCAUUUCAGCUGUUGCGAGUACUUUCUCUUGCGUACCUUGGCUGCCAUACCAACUUGCAUGGGCUCUCUUAUCGGUCUUUACGAGCGCAAGUAUGGGGCCAUUCCCGACUAUUGAAUACUUCUGAUCCAUCAGAACUCGACUUGUUACCAUCGAUCUCAGGCAUAUAUGGAGAUACUGGGCCGCCCAGCUGCUGUGUUUCGAUCGCGAGAGCAUUGUUGAUUCUGCUUCAGCUUAGCCAAAAUACCGAUCACGCUUGUACAUGGUCUUCCCUCCACCACCUUGUCACGGCACUGAUCAUUCUCGUAACUCAUGCCGCAAGAAACCCCCUGACCGAGGAAUCGAUGGCGGAUAUACAGCUGGUGCUUCCUGUCGUAGAGAUGCUCCGUCGAUUUGAGGAGGUCUCAAUGGACAGUGGCAUAGGAAAUUCGAAGAAAGUAGCUGCUCAGCUGGUGCAUGAGUAUGCACGCAGGGCGCUGUUUGACCAAGCUGGUAGCCUUUCCCAAUGA